UCUCUCUCUCUCUCUCUCUCUCCAUAUCUCUUUUGUCAACAGCUGUUCUCAAACAAUGGAUGCCAUGCCAAAACGUAAGCUAGCACAACAACUCAUUAUGCAGUGUACACCUCCUAUAUAUAUUAAGACAACUUCUUCUUGGGGUUAUCUGAAUAUUGAUCCUUACAUGUGAACCUCAAUAACCUUCUCAAACUAAAACCAACCGAACGAACCAACGAACCAAUCUCUUUAUUAUAAAUAGCUCUAACUAGCAUCCACAAUCUCUAUAAACCUACCUCCAAAGAUGAAGCUCAUCUCUAUAUUGUUCAUAGCAAUUUUGUUCAUACAGGCUUUUGUGGCGGUAGAGGUAUCAUCAGUACUCAGUGAUGCCGACAAUUCUCUUUCCCAGGAGGAUGCAGGGGAUAACUAUGGAGGUCUUCUCAAGAAACACCACCCUCUAAAAAUCAAUUGCAGUUACGCUUGCUCAAGAAGAUGCAGCAAGUCAUCAAGAAAGAAUCUGUGCCAUCGAGCAUGCAAGAGCUGCUGUGCAAGGUGCCAUUGUGUUCCUCCAGGAACUUAUGGCAACAAAGACCUCUGCCCUUGCUAUGCCAAGCUAACAACACAUGGAAAUAGGCCCAAGUGUCCUUGAUUACUAUGUGUGUGGUUGAGUGAGAAACAGGGUUUCUUUUUCUUCUUCUUUUUUAUGCGUAAAAUAAGUCAUGUUUGGAUUUUGAUAAUAAAUGAAUGAUACAUCAUUGUGAAGUAUCCUUAUGUAGUGCUGCAAUUUUGCGGUAAGGUGAAUAAAAGUUUUUGAACCUUUCAGUUCCAUC